AUGAAGGACCUGGAAGAAGAUUUUAACAGAGUGCCAGUAUUUGGUAUCCAAGUUGCUGGCCAGUCUUCACUUGCCAGAUUUGUGAAUGAAUUAUGGAAGUUGAGGGCAACCCUGUGGAGACACAUCAGCAUCCUUAAUAAGAUUGUGGAAAAAGUUGAUGUGUUUUUAUAUGACAUGGCUUUUUACUCUCCACAAUCUUGGGAGGAUGCGCCCCUUUAUGGAGGAGAGUUGGUCACACCACAAUCACCAUAA